AUGUUAUAUGUAUUAAAAGAAUCAUUAUUAUAAUCUUAAUAAAGAAAUUUAAUAUGGAUAUAAAAAUCUUACCCUGGUGCAUUAACAUCAUUAAUAGGAGCUUAUGGUUCUAAUUAAUACUGUUUACAAUUUAAAACUGAGGAAAUAAAUUAUUAAAAAUUCAUGGAAAAUGAGUAAUUAAGAUAGGAUUAUCUUAGUAAUUUCAAGACUCAAAUAUCAAAAAUAUUUAAUAUUAAUAUUGAUAAAGUAAAUAUUUUAGGGUUUAGAGAAGGUAGUUUGAUAAUUGAUUUUAAUAUUUUCGAAGAUAUAAAUGAAAUAUUUUCUCCUGAAAAUAAUGAUAAAUUAUAAUUUUUUUAAUAGAUAUGCAAAGGUAAAAUUGAAUACUAUAAUUAUUAUAUGGAUGCUUAUAAAAAAUAACGGCAUAAUCAAAAUAUAAUUGGAUUAUCUAUUGAUGAUUUUAAUCCUAAAUUUAAUAUGAAUUGGAAAAUGGUUGGAUAUUAUGAUAAUCGUGGACCUUAAUCUAAAAAAUACAUUUAUUAUUUUCCUAAGAAUUGCUAUGGCUUUGGGUUAAAUAUAAAUAAAUAUUCAGAUGACUAAGAUUGGAUAAAAAUGGAUGGAAAUCCAAAUGAAUGGAGAAUUUUAUUUCAUGGAACCAAUUAGUAAAAUAUAGCUUCAAUAAUCUAAAAUAAUUUAUAAAGAGGAUCUGGAUAGAAAUACAAGAAAAAAGUUGGGGAAGGGAUUUAUUUUUCAAAUAAAAUAAGUGUUUGUAGGGAUUAUGCUAAUUAAGUAAAAGUGGGAGAAAAUUAUUUUAGAGUUUAUUUUAUGACUAGAUGCAAUCCAGAGGUAAUUAAAUAAGUACCAAAAUGUUUAUUAGAACGAGUAGUUUAAGGAGAAUAUUUUGUUGUCAAUAAGACAUAAGAUGUGAGACCUUAUAGAAUUUUACUAGAAAAAGAAUGA